AUGGCUUUUCGAAUACCUGAAGUCCAAGUGCAACUUGGAUUUCUUGUCGCAGUUAACCGGCCAGACAAAAGAGAAGAUUUUCAAUAUAACGAAAUCCCACAGCAUCCUGGGAAACCUAUCCCACAACCUCCUGGCAAGAGUAAAUUCGACCGAGUACCCCCAAACGCUGACAAAUUCCCACACUUGGAGCGACAAUGCCUCAACCGUGCGCAAUGGACCAUUGAAGUGCUGGUCGAUGAGCUACAAGGACGCAGGCACAGUCACUCACCACUGAGAAGCAUUCACCAAAAACAAGAAGCCAAAAUCUCGCUCAAAGAAUGGACAGUUGAGUUUGAUGGACAUGUUGAAGAAAACCAAGCUGAUCAGUUUGAUUGGGUUGGAGUGAAACUGACAUCUCCCAAAUUCAGCUUCGAGAAUGCAAGCGCAAACCUGGACAUGAAAAAGCAGUUGAAGAAGAUAUUGAUCAUCCUCAACAAGAAGUAUCUUACUGUAUCAACCGCUGAGACGCGCCUCAAGGUUGCUGUGUAUUUGAAUACACAUGAUGCUACCUCUGAACAAAUGAAGGCCAUUGUAGCUUUGAUAUGGAUUGCUGACCCUCUCCUAGGCGAUGUUCAUCCUCCUCACUGUGGCCCCAACUCUACAUCUUCACUGGGGCUGCAAUACAGUAAGCUUAUCAGAGACGAAUCUCCCCUCAGUCUCAAGGCGCAGCUGUCCUCCACGGUUCGAACUGAAGACCCCUGGAACAACCAUCUUUCGCCCAACCGACGCCCACUGGAGCUUCUCUCGCACCCUGAAGAGCUGAAAGAGGCAAAUUAUCUUGAUGCAGUUGAUAAGAUACUCGGUGCUGACUCGUUGGACGAUCUCAUAGAUCUUAUGAAUGUUUCCAUUCACGAUGCCAAGGACUAUCCCCAAGCCUCGCCUGCUUAUCGCUUUGAACUGCCUGAUGAGUCUGGCGGUCUGGCGAUCUGGUUCAAUCAACAUUGUGGAACUCUCGACUAUGAUGGAAUCGAUAAUUGGAUUGCCUUUUGUCCUAUAGUAUCUGAGGCCGUUUCAUUUCGAAAUGAGGACUCUUUGUCGAGCUCAGAUGGUUUCUCUACCACGACUUCAUUUCUCGAUAGUGACUUCACACCCAGUCGCCCAGCCAGGAACAUUUAUUCUUUCGGUAUUGAGCUUGAAAUGUACAUCCCAACGAAGCGAUAUCGCCCCAAGUCUCCGCCACCAAGCCUACUGCUCGAUCUUAACGACAGUGCAGACGCCAGUGUCUGUAUUGACCCGCACUCUAAAGACGAUAGACAGACUGGUCUCUCUUCUCCUACAGAAACAGUAGACCAUAUAGCAGCAGUACUCACGAAAAACGGACUGUUGGCUACGAAUACAGCUAUGCACGAUGGGCUGGAUUUUGAUCAGACUGCAUGGCUAAAAAUGCUUGUUGAGCAUAACCUCGUCCCUACUGCCGGCAUUGAUCACAAGUACCAAACAUGGACCGUUACGACUGAUGGCUCUCUCCAUGCGUUUAAAAAUUGGGCAGGCUACGAGAGUGCGAAUGGUAUCGAGGUAGUGAGUUCUGUUCUGCAGGAUAAGGCAACAAGUUGGGAGAAAGUUGUAAAUGUGUUGAGCAGCCUGAGAAACAAUUUUAGACUGCUUGAGACCAACAACUGUGGCUUCCACAUCCACGUCGCUAAGGGCCUGGAGACACUAUCAACUCACCUACUGCGUAAGCUCUGCAUACUCAUGUGCUGCGUGGAAGACGUGAUCCUUCGUCUCUGUCAUCCUAGUAGAAGGAGAAACAAAUGGGCGUUGAAUAUCCUGGGAGAGGGAUCAUUCUUGCACGACAACUACAACGAGAGAUGGCAACAUCUUGAGGUUGCAAGUGACUUUUGGCAAUAUGUUCCGCGCAGUAUGGCGUCGUUUCCUUCCGUCUUGGGCCCGUUGAAGAAGAUAUGGAAUGCCAAGGACGCAAAGGAACUUCAGGUGUUACUCAACCCUAGUGGCUUUGGUUUUGAAAAGAGCUGCAUCUUUCUACCAAAGUGGAGAUCUUUGAAUGAAACUGUUGAGUUUCGUUAUCUGGAGGGUACCUUGGAUCCGGACCUGAUCAUCCGCUGGGGCCAGCUCUUGACAGCUCUCUUCAGGUUUGCAGACAAAGCUCCUAGCGAGAAAUGGGAGCCGUUCUUGGCCACAGUGGUACGGUCCCAACAGCCAGGCGCCCUCGAUCCGAACCUUCUGCGAGGACUUUUUACCUUUCUCGGGUUAGAAGACGAUUACGACUUUUGGACUCACAGAGUCAACACAGUGUCGGAGCUGGAGGGUGACAUCGACCAACUAAGUUGUCGGCCCGAUGAUAAUCAAGAGUUCUGUACUCGGAUCAGCGAGGUAGAAAUCGCUGGCCUUCAUAAGAAUUUAUGUCGCAGGAAGAGAACUCACCCGUUCCUGAAGGGGGAGAGAGCCGAGGAAGCAAAAUGGGGCGCCACAGAGUCUGCGUCCCCAGCCAACAACCCCCAGUGA